AUGGCGACUGCGGAGGCGGAGGGUGCAGAUGCAAAGCAAGGGGGAGAGGGUGUAAUGGACGGAAAUGUGACCGAGUGCGGGAUUGGGUGGGCCGGGGGUGUUAGAGUCCUACGUGGCUGCUAUCCAGACUCCUACAAAGUCCAGCACGUUUGUCUCCAAUUUGCGGGAGGAAAGCGUCCGAACCACCCCGUGAACCGAGACAGGACUGCUCUGGACUGUUUUCGCGGUCCGAACUGCGCGACCCAGAUAGAUUGGGGCGGUUUGAGGGUUGCUGUUGGAGAUGCCCUAAACCUCGAGACACCGGCGCUCCUCGGUGAUGAGCUUCGUAUGCUUCAGGCCGAGCUCGACCAUGUGUGCUUCAUGGGCACACUGCGCCUUGAGCCGGUCGAAGGCCUCUGGGUUCUCCCGCAGCUCACGGUUGGAGACCUCUCAGGGGUCGAGGUCGAUGGCCAUUGGGACAUUAGUGCCGCCAAAGGGGAAGUUCAACUUCGCCUUCUUGCCAAGAAAAAAAAAACACCUCGCCUCGACGCACUGGUCACCGAAGGUCUGGCCGCCCACGACAACCUUAGGAUCGGCACCAUCAUGCGUGAGUGCCAUGACCUCUUCAAGGGGCUUGAGUCUCUAACUGACUGCUGUGGUGGUGAUAGAACCACGGCGAGGGCCAUCACCAAGGCUCACCCGCAUGUCAAGUGCACCGUGCUGGAUCUCCCCAAGGUGAUCGACAAAACUCCUUCUGACGGCAUAGUCAACUAUGUCGCCGGUGACCUCUUCCACACCGUCCCGAAGGCUCAGGCGGUGAUGCUCAAGCUUGUGUUACACCACUGGAGUGACGACGAUUGUGUCAAAAUCCUAACCCAAUGUAAGAAUGCCAUUCCUUCACGUGAGGAGGGAGGAAAGGUGAUUGUCAUAGACAUUGUGGUCGAACCAUCAUUAGGACCAGCCAUGUUUGAGGCACAGACUCUAAUGGACAUCCUCAUGCUUGUGUUCACGAGAGGCCGUGAACAUAGUGAAAAUGACUGGCAUGAGCUUUUCAUGAAAGCAGGGUUUAGCGACUACAAAAUUGUCAAGAAACUGGGUGCACGAGGUGUUAUCGAGGUCUACAAGUGA